CAUGAGUCGACACUCAACUGGGUGCAACAUGAAAGGCGUUUGUGUUUUGUUUCUGGCGCUCUGCCUUCACCGGACCAGCGGAGCUGUUUACAUGGAAAUCGUGAACGAAAAUCCUGGCAGCCCGGGCCGGUGCCGCGACCCCAUGGACAACUCCCUGCACGCCGCGGGCAGCAGCUGGCUCCGAGAGGGAGUGUGCGAGCAGCUGCUGUGUCUGCGCGGCGACUCCCGGGGCAAGAUGAUGGUGCAGCACCAGGGCUGCGGCACGGUGAGGGCAGAGCCGCCCUGCGAGGUGAUCCCUGUGGAUCUCAGCAGGCCCUACCCGCUCUGCUGCCCCAGCGCCGAGUGCCCCCGGGACAUGGAGGACGAACACCAGGCCAUCCUGAAGUAGCGCCCGCCCUGCCUGGCCACGCCCCUCUCACCACUGGUUGGCUGGUGGCGCCCCGCCAAUCAUCCGCUCGCGGACCGUGGUUGGAGGACGGUGUCUGCCAAUCACCCGCCAUCAGUUACCGACUGCACGGGGAGGGGGGAGUGGAACCUCCUUCCAGGCAACCGCAGGACCGCUGGUUGGCAGGUAGCGCACCGCCAAUCAUCCGCUCGCGCAUCGUGAUUGGAGGACGGUGUCUGCCAGUCAUCCGCCAUCAGUUACUGACAGCAAGGGGAGGGGGGAGUGUAACCUCCUUCCAGGCAACCGCAAAACCGCUGGUUGGCAGGUAGCGCCCCGCCAAUCAUCCGCUCGCGCAUCGUGAUUGGAGGACGGUGUCUGCCAGUCAUCCGCCAUAAGUUACUGACAGCAAGGGGAGGGGGGAGUGGAACCUCCUUCCAGGCAACCGCAGGACCGCUGGUUGGCUGGUGGCGCCCCGCCAAUCAUCCGCUCGCGCAUCGUGAUUGGAGGACGGUGUCUGCCAGUCAUCCGCCAUAAGUUACUGACAGCAAGGGGAGGGGGGAGUGGAACCUCCUUCCAGGCAACCGCAGGACCGCUGGUUGGCAGGUAGCGCACCGCCAAUCAUCCGCUCGCGCAUCGUGAUUGGAGGAUGGUGUCUGCCAGUCAUCCGUCAUCAGUUACUGACUGCAAGGGGAGGGGGGAGUGGAACCUCCUUCCAGGCAACCGCAAAACCGCUGGGUGGCAGGUAGCGCCCCGCCAAUCAUCCGCUCGCGCAUCGUGAUUGGAGUACGGUUUCUGCCAGUCAUCCGCCGUUAGUUACGGGACUGUCGGAGGGGAAACAAACACCCCACUCCCCGCACUCCCCUCUAGGCCAGUCAACUGCAGGGCCGGUUGUGAUUGGUCUGACGCUCCUUGCCAAUCAGCCCGUGGCUUGCGUCUGAUUCGCGGACAGCGUUCGCCAAUCACCCACCGACAGUUACGAGGCUGUGGGAGGGGAAACAACCUUCCCCGCCCCCCCGGGUCAGUCAACUGCAGGGCCGGUUGUGACUGGCCUGACGCUCCCUGCCAAUCAGCCCGUGGCUUGCGUGUGAUUCGCGGACAGCGUUCGCCAAUCAUCCGCUCGCGGGACAUGGACACGGCCUGCCGAUCAGCCACUGACCGCUGAUGACUUGGUUGGAGACGGUCUCUCCGACCAGUCAGUGACACAGACUAUACACAGCCCAUCUACACGGAAAGUCAAAAACAGUGUUGACCGAAUUUUCGUACUAUAUAUAAAAAAAUAUUAUGAAAACAGUGGCUUUAGACAUUUUCACCAAUUUGCUUCUUCCAAAAAGGCAUACUAGUAACUAAACGACGAAGUGUAAACUACAAUGUGGACGUGAAGAAGGAAGACCACCCAGUGGACGAUGUCGGGAACAGACGCUCGCCUGUCAAUCAGCUGACGUGCGGGGAUCAACAGACAGCACCUCCCAACGAUAAGACCCUGGCGGCAACUUGCUUCCUCGCCGCUCACAAUACACCAAACUCCUCCAGCAAAAAGUUCAACCCACAGAGACCAACAUUCGAGUGAAAUGUUUGCUCGUGUACCAACAUAAAACUGCAGAAAACAUAACCAAGUUCUGUACGUUGGCAUGGAUAUUAUAAUUAAACUUCAAAUAGUUGUUAAUAAACACGAACGAAAAAAGCAAUUCCUUCACUAUAACUUCUUUAUAAAUGGCAUAUAAAUAUUACACGAGGAAAUAAAAGCACGCAACAUUA